UAUAAUUCCCACAUCAAAGCCUUAAACCCUAAACCCUAGAGAAGUUUUAAUACCAUCCCAUAAAUUGUUACUUUGUUUAAACAAUAUAAUUAUUAUGGCUUCAAUCAAGUCCCUUGCUGUUGUUGUUUGCUUUUUACUGUCCUUUUCCGCCAUUCUCUCUGAAGGUCGGGUGGCGAGAAAGGAUCUCGGCAUUGACCUUGGAGGAGUCGGAGUUGGACUUGGAGCUGGAAUUGGCUUAGGCUUAGGUGGAAGUGGUUCUGGCUCUGGCUCUGGAUCUGGGUCGAGUUCAUCUUCAUCAUCAUAUUCCUCGAGCUCAAGCUCGAGCUCUGGGUCUGGAGCUGGGUCCGAAGCUGGCUCAUACGCAGGCUCGUAUGCAGGGUCUCGAGCAGGCUCGGGUGGAAAUAGGAAUGGAGGAUCGGGGUCUGGUACGGGAUAUGGCGGAGGUUCAGGCAGAGGAGGCGGCAAUGGUGGCGGUGAAGGUUAUGGUGAAGGUCAUGGCUAUGGUGAGGGUCAUGGUUAUGGAGGAGGCAACUGAAAAAAAAAGUUAAUAAGAGGACGUAUACAAAAGUAUUAGGUUACGUAGUUGAUUUAGAUCAUGAUCUUAAUUUUAUGUAUUUAAAUAAGGAUAAGAGAUGAUGGAGGGGUUUAGUAGUGUGCGUGUUGUAGCAGUCGUGAAAUUGUUGUAGUUCAUGUGUGAUGAAUUUUUAUGUUGCUUCUUGCUUGGUGUUA